AUGUCAAGUAUCCCAUCAGAGGACAUGCUGAUGUCAAGUAUCCCAUCAGAGGACAAGCUGAUGUCAAGAAUCCCACCAGAGGACAAGCUGAUGUCAAGUAUCCCUCCAGAGGACAAGCUGAUGUCAAGUAUCCCAUCAGAGGACAAGCUGAUGUCAAGUAUCCCAUCAGAGGACAAGCUGAUGUCAAGUAUCCCAUCAGAGGACAAGCUGAUGUCAAGUAUCCCAUCAGAGGAAAACCUGAUGUCAAGUAUCCCACCAGAGGACACGCUGAUGUCAAGUAUCCCACCAGAGGACAAGAUGAUGUCAAGUAUCCCAUCAGAGGACAAGCUGAUGUCAAGUAUCCCACCAGAGGACAAGCUGAUGUCAAGUAUCCCUCCAGAGGACAAGCUGAGGUCAAGUAUCCCUCCAGAGGACAAGCUGAUGUCAAGUAUCCCACCAGAGAAGAAGCUGAUGUCAAGUAUCCCACCAGAGGACACGCUGAUGUCAAGUAUCCCACCAGAGGACAAGCUGAUGUCAAGUAUCCCAUCAGAGGACAAGCUGAUGUCAAGUAUCCCAUCAGAGGACAAGCUGAUGUCAAGUAUCCCACCAGAGGACAAGCUGAUGUCAAGUAUCACACCAGAGGAUAAGCUGAUGUCAAGUAUCCCAUCAGAGGACAAGCUGAUGUCAAGUAUCCCAUCAGAGGACAAGCUGAUGUCAAGUAUCCCAUCAGAGGACAAGCUGAGGUCAAGUAUCCCUCCAGAGGACAAGCUGAUGUCAAGUAUCCCAUCAGAGGACAAGCUGAUGUCAAGUAUCCCAUCAGAGGACAAGCUGAUGUCAAGUAUCCCAUCAGAGGACAAGCUGAUGUCAAGUAUCCCAUCAGAGGACAAGCUGAUGUCAAGUAUCCCACCAGAGGACAAGCUGAUGUCAAGUAUCCCAUCAGAGGACAAGCUGAGGUCAAGUAUCCCAUCAGAGGACAAGCUGAGGUCAAGUAUCCCAUCAGAGGACAAGCUGAGGUCAAGUAUCCCAUCAGAGGACAAGCUGAUGUCAAGUAUCCCAUCAGAGGACAAGCUGAUGUCAAGUAUCCCAUCAGAGGACAAGCUGAGGUCAAGUAUCCCAUCAGAGGACAAGCUGAGGUCAAGUGUCCCAUCAGAGGACAAUCUGAGGUCAAGUAUCCCUCCAGAGGGCAAACUGAGGUCAAGUAUCCCAUCAGAGGACAAGCUGAGGUCAAGUAUCCCAUCAGAGGACAAGCUGAGGUCAAGUAUCCCAUUAGAGGACAAGCUGAUGUCAAGUAUCCCAUCAGAGGACAAUCUGAGGUCAAGUAUCCCUCCAGAGGACAAACUGAUGUCAAGUAUCCCAUCAGAGGACAAGCUGAUGUCAAGUAUCCCAUCAGAGGGCAAGCUGAUGUCAAGUAUCCCAUCAGAGGGCAAACUGAUGUCAAGUAUCCCAUCAGAGGACAAGCUGAUGUCAAGUAUCCCUCCAGAGGACAAGCUGAGGUCAAGUAUCCCACCAGAGGACAAGCUGAUGUCAAGUAUCCCAUCAGAGGACAAUCUGAUGUCAAGUAUCCCACCAGAGGACAAGCUGAUGUCAAGUAUUCCAUCAGAGGACAAGCUGAUGUCAAGUAUCCCUCCAGAGGACACGCUGAUGUCAAGUAUCCCAUCAGAGGACAAGCUGAUGUCAAGUAUCCCAUCAGAGGACAAGCUGUGGUCAAGUAUUCCAUUAGAGGACAAGCUGAUGUCAAGUAUCCCAUCAGAGGACAAGCUGAUGUAA